UAUAAGUCACCACGAUCACCUCUUCUCAAUUCGCCAGCUAAAACAUCUCAUUUUGAUUCUACCCAAACAAACUUCUCAAGCUCCUUUCAACUCCAGCAUAAGGACGAUCAAAGAUGUGGUGCCAAAACUGCGGCAAAGGACGCUCCCACUACCACAGCAUGGGCAGCGCAAAAGCAAACUACUGCCAACGAUGCCGAAGCAGGGGAACACAGACUCCCACGUACUGCAAAUUCUGCGGGGUCAACAGACUCGAGUAUUCCUCAACAUGCGAUGCUCAUUACGGGAACAGCAUCAGCAAUCCUGCAAGCCCGACCUACAGCAGCGACGACGACGCCUCAAGCGAUGGCGCCGGAUACGCUACCGAUCUGAGCAGUCCCAGUCUCAGUCCGUCCCCUAGUCCACCCGCGAGUGUAGAGGAGCGGGUGCAGUGCAGCCAUUGCGAGCUGUGGUUUUCAAGCGAGUUCGAAAAGGAGUAUCAUCUUGAUCGAAAUACGUCUGGCUGCAGCGAGCAUAAAGAGUGCUUCCCGAGCAGUCAGGAGUAUGCUCAUGCAAAGGAACAUUGGCACAAUAAGUGCUUUGUGCCUGGGUGUGAUGAAGACUGGGAGAUGGAGGACGAAGACGUUGUUGAGCAUGUUUGGGAGGAACAUACGGCGAGGGGAUGAGAUGUAAUUUCGAGGUGUUCUCUCUUUUUUCUCUCUCUCUCUCUCUCUCUCUCUCUCUCUCUCUCUCUCUCUCUCUCUCUCUCUCUCUCUCUCUCUCUCUCUACUUUUUAUCUUCUUGAUUUUCUUCUGUUAAAGCGUUGACGGGGACACUGUAUAGCAAGUGAGGUGAAGUAAAGUUUAGUUGUUAGAACAAUCUCAUCACUACGCACCACACUACUAUCAUCAUCAUCAUCAUUAUCCUCAACGUUAGAAUCACCAAAAAAAGUGAGUGAUGA